GUAUUUUCGUUGUAUUUUAGGCGAUAUUUUCUGCGUGCGAAAGCCCUUCUUGUAGGAUUUAUGUCCGUUUAUUUGUUUGUACGGGUUACCUGUGGGGUUGAUUUCAACGCAGGCUCAAUUUUUGAUAAAGAUGGCGGGAAGAUGAUGUGAUGUGCACGCUUUGAUAGCCACGGUAGAAAAUGGACAUAAGGAGUUUUUUCAGCCCACCAGACGCUAAGAAGAAGCAAAAUGGAACCGCAAAGGUGGCCGGCGCGCACGGUAUAUCGAAAGAAAAGCGAGGGGCAGACGACAAAAAAGAAAAGAAACAGAAGCAAUGCAGAGAGAAGAAGAGACCAAAGUCAAAAAGGGCUCUCGUAAUAUCUGAAAGUGACGAAGAGGAGCGAGAGUUUAUUCAGAAGAAGAAGAAGAAAACCACUCAUAGUAACAAAAAGCCUAUAGCUGUGUCAGAUUCUGAUGAGGAACCUUUGCCACCGAAAAUAAGAGAGGCUGCUAAGAAGAAUGAAAAAGCUGCCAAAUCAAAUAAGAAAUCAACUUAUUUUGAUGAUUCAGAUGAUGAAUCUCCAAUUAAGCAAAAGAAGAGCACAACAAAAAAGGAAACCCCAACAAAGAAAGAAGUUCACAAGAAACAGGAGAAGACCCCUGAAAAGAAGACUGUGACAUCAGCUGCAGACUUCUUUGGCUCUGAGCCAGUCCACAGAUCUGCCAACAAGCAGUUCUCAGGGAAACGGAAACAGCCCAGUAAAGAGGAAGGAGAGGACGAUGUAUGUGCUACUCAAGAUGAGCCUGUGAAAGAGGAAAAACCUUCCCAGCCAAGCAAAAAGAGAAAAGAAGAAAAAUCCCCAGCCAAAAAGUCUCCUGCCAAAACAGCACUAACUCUGGCCAGUAAAUUGUCCAAGGCAGCAUCAGCUAAAGUGCUAGUACCAGAGACACCGCCACCCAAAACACCAACCAAGACAACGCCCAGUCCUAUAAAAAAACAAGUAACGCCCAAAAAAACAACACCAGUGAAAGCAUUAAAAGAGCCAGAAAGUAAGAAAGCUAGAACACCCGAGAAAAUUAAGCAAGAGGAAACCAUUGCUACACCUUCUUCCUUGGAGAAGAAAAAAUCAGGUUACCGCAGCUUCAUGUCCAGAGAAGGACCAAAAGCCCUUGGCUCCAAGGAGAUACCACAGGGAGCGGAGAACUGCUUUGAAGGGCUGACGUUUGUCGUCACAGGGGUGCUGGAUAGCAUAGAGCGUGACCACGCCCAGGACCUUAUCCAGAGAUAUGGGGGCAAGGUGACAGGGUCGGUCAGCAAGAAAACUAGCUAUCUGCUGGUGGGACGUGAUGCUGGAGCUAGCAAGCUUUCAAAGGCGCAAACAUUAGGAACCAAACAGCUGGAUGAGGAUGCCUUUCUUGAUCUCAUACGCAACACUCCUGGAAAGAAAUCAAAGCAUGAACAGCCAGACACGCCAUCCAAGCAACCAAAGAAGGCCAAGCCUAGCAAGCAGCAGUCACCUCCUGCCAGUAGCCAAGACCAGGCAGAGAACUCUCAACAGACUGCCUCACAGUCAUCUACUUUGUCACCUCUUACACAGACACCUACUGGGUCACCUGUUGUUAAAGCCGAGGCGAGUCUAAUGUGGGUUGACAAGUACAAGCCCAGCGGCAUCAAGCAGAUAAUCGGCCAACAGGGGGACAAGAGUAACAUGCGGAAACUCCUGAACUGGGUCAGAAACUGGCACAAGAACAGAACCAAGACACACCCAAAAUCAUCCUUCUUUAACAAGGACACAGACGGGGCGUCUCUCAAGGCAGCACUGCUAUCAGGACCCCCGGGCGUGGGAAAGACCACAACUGCCACUCUUGUGUGCCAAGAGCUUGGUUACUCCUAUGUGGAGAUGAAUGCUAGUGACGCCAGGAGCAAAAAGACACUGGAGCAAGUUGUGUCUGAGUCUCUUAGCAACAAGAGCAUGGAUGCCUUUGUUGGAAGUAAGUGUGCCUCAAAAGGAGUGGCUGCUAAGUCUGGCGUGAAGCAUGUACUCCUCAUGGACGAAGUAGAUGGCAUGGCAGGGAGUGAGGACCGUGGCGGAAUGCAGGAGUUGAUAUCCCUGAUUAAGACCAGUAAGAUUCCCAUCAUCUGUAUGUGCAAUGACCGCAACAGCCAGAAGAUUCGCAGCCUCGCAAACUACUGCUUUGACCUUAGAUUCUCACGGCCUAGAGUUGAACAGAUAAAGGGUGCCAUGAUGAGUAUUGCAUACAAAGAAGGUAUCAAGAUUCCACCGCCCGCGAUGGACCAGAUUAUCCAAGGCGCCAACCAGGACAUCCGACAAGUGCUACAUAACAUGUCCAUGUGGACCGCCACCAACAAGACCCUCACUUACGACCAGGCCAAGCAGGAGGCUAGCAAUGCACAGAAGGAUAUCAAACUGGGUCCGUUUGACGCUAUCCGAAAGCUGCUUUCAGGCAGUGAUAGUUCCAAGCUGAGUUUAAAAGACAAGUCGGAUCUCUUCUUCUGUGACUACUCACUGAUGCCCCUAUUUGUCCAGGAAAACUACCUGAUGGUCAGCCCCUCACAGGCCAGUGGCGACCUGAAGAAGACCUUGGAUCUCGUCAGCCGAACAGCAGAUUCGAUAUGCGAUGGAGACUUGGUCUCUCGGCAGAUUCGCUCCAACAGCAGCUGGUCUCUGUUGCCCAUGCAAGCCAUGUUGUCCGCUGUCAUCCCGUCCUAUUUUAUCAGUGGGGGCAUGGGUCAAAGAAUUGAUUUUCCGCAGUGGCUAGGAAAGAACUCGAAGCAGGGACGGCUGGAUAGAAUUCUCCAAGAACUGCAGGCUCACAUGAGAAUCAGCACUUCGGCAGACAAGAGUUCAAUCAACUUGGAGUACAUCCCACACCUCAGGCAGGCUCUGACCACGCCCCUCACUGACCAGGACCCCCCGGAUCUGAAGGAGCGAGUUGCAAGUGUCAUAUCACUGCUUGACGCGUAUAACCUGACGCGCGAAGACUGGGACUCAGUCAUGGAGGCGGGGUUAUUUGAUGGACACAGGGACCCCAUGGAUAGUAUACCGUCUAAGACAAAAUCAGCCUUUACACGGACAUAUAACAAAGAACAACACAAAACUCCCUACGCUCAGAAAGCAGCGCCUACGAAAUCUCGUGGCAAGGGGGGAGGGGGUGGCGGUGAGUCUGAGUUCCCGGAUGAAGACGGUGCCGACCCAGGCCCCGACGAGGACGAGGAUGACCUGGAAGUGAGUGCGAUGAUGGUGAAAAAUAAAAAGGCUACAGCUGCUACUGGGAAAGGAAAGACCAGUAAAGAUGAUACGGGAAAGGGCAAAGGCAAGGGAAAGGGCAGAGGGAAGAAGUCCUAACGACUAAGAAGACAACAAAGGUUGAGAGGAAAGGACUGCAGCGAGACUUCAGCGAGCGAAGUCUCAAAGCCGAAAGGAUAGGGAAGUCCUAGCGGCGAAGAAAAUAUAGUCGGCAGCGAGAGAGGACGGAUGUGCAAGAAGGAAACGUUGUAAUUAAGAUGUACUUCAACAGCGAGCGAAGUCUGAAAAAAAAAGGGUACGGAAGAAGUCGUUAUUAGCCAUGAAGAAGACGUCCUAGUGACAAUGGCGAAACAGAGAGUCCGGAAAAAAGGGAGAAUAGAGUGGCAAGAGAACGUGGUGUUAUUGACAAAUAAAGCGUGUUUAUGACGACAUGCAAAUAUUGUGUCCAUCAAACAAAUUUUGCUGCGUGACGUCAGGGCAAAUGGUAAAAAAUGAGCUAAUUAAUAUUUAUAUUGAAACGCUCUUUAAAGCCCUUCAGGAAUUGUGAAAGGCGUUAAUAGUUGUCAAUCAUAUUCUAUCCUCACCCCUGGGGAGAGGCGCUCAUUGCAAGAGUACAUCGCGUAAUCGGAUCCAUGCAAUAAUUUUUUUUUCUACAAAUAUGACACCAAGGGUGGGACCAUUUUUGUCCGUCCCAGUUUGUAACAAUAUUAAAAUAAACAUUGUUUCAGACUUUA